GAUCCGCAGUGUCCGCAGUAACUAUUAUUGCCAGUAGAAAUUGUAUUUCAAGAUAUCUUUUGUUGUACUAGUCAAAACUAAAUAUAAGAUAUUUUUAAAUCCUCAAAAAGUAUAAGUGGCUGUAAGUGAAAUGUUCUUUUUGACUGGGAAGAAUUGAAUUACAGAUAUCUGCAACACAUAUCCAGUCUAGCUAUUAAAUGUUAAAACGGCCUGCUAUACACUCCUGGACAGCAGGUGGAGACAUGUGCUGCUCUGUGAUCCUCCACACUGCAGAAGAAACUCCACAACAACAACAGAAAACCAGGAAGCGUCACAUCUGUGCAGUUGAACCCCGUGUGGACCUCAUGUCAUUUCAUUGGAUAUCGCUUUCUCGGUUUCGAUUUGUUUCUGCUUGCUUCCCUUGAGAGUUAGCCUGAAGACAUUUCAGUGGAGUCUUAAGAGUGCAAUCAAAUUCAAAAACCCACCGCUAGGUGCAUGUAGCUGGCGAGAACAACAGGGAAAUGCCACAAGACCCGAGCAGUCAUUGGAUCGAUCAUCCUGUCUUUUCUACAAAACACGAUGGGGGGUCGCUCUUGUUUCUUUAGCGCUGUGGCGACAACCGUAGGCCUGCUUCGGGUCGUGUUUUAGCCAGCUGGCUGAUUUCAGCUUAGCGUAGCUGCUGCUCCUGGGUCGGGUUUUCGGGUCUCGUACGAGGUUGAAUGAGUGAGACCAAAUGGAGGAUGUCAUCACCCUCAGCUCCGAGUCCGACAGUGACAAAGAGGACUCCGAUGUGGAGAUCGUCGGCUCGUACAGUAACAUUAGCAGCGCCGACCCGCUGCCGCUCACCGCGGUGCGGGUGGACGUGAACGCCGUGAUGAACGUCAAAGUCCCCACGCCAUAUAUUGACCUUACAGAUCCAAAAUGGAUUCUUCCAGAGCUGAAGUUUCGUAAAAGAAUACCUUCUCCCUCCCUGCCAUUGGUAGACCUGACUGAGAAUGAAGUGGCAAAUGGGACAAAACAAGAGACAGACGAUUUGCAACCAGAUGGAAGCCAACUGGACUGUGGUAACCUAAAGCCAAAGGAGAGCGACAUGGAUUCCCAAACACAACCCCUCAACCAGACUGAUGAAGAACAACUCCAGGAACCUAGUGUGAAAUUAAGACGAUUGUCUUUUCUUGAAUCCCACGUCACAGAACUGAAAACAUCAGGUUGCUCUGUUUACCUAACCAAAGAUUGCAUGCAAAUGUCACUGCAACCCAGCCAACCAGAUCGCAACAAUGAAAUUAUUAGUAAAGCUUCAUUAAAUGGUCCUCACGUGGAACCUUCGCUGAAUGAGUGUCCUCCUAAAGUGACUGAAUCUCUUGUCAGACAGGUUCAACAAGAGAAUAGUAAUGAAUUCACAAAUGAACAGUUAAAAGCGAAAGUAUCUCCACAUUUACAGAAACCAGCCGACUUGCCUUGCCCAGAUAAAGGAAGCUUGGGUGCAACUUUGAUGGAGAAUGUCCCUCAUGAAGAGGAGAGGGGUGACAUCUGCUCAUCCAUGCCCAUCCCCUCUCCAACAUCCCCUCCUUCAUCUCAAGAUACACCACAGGAUUCGUUCCAAAGAGAUGUCCUCUGCGCCAACCUGGAACAACCGGAAGGACACCAAUCAGACUCUAGACAAAGCUGUCUCUUGGAUCACCCAUCCCUCAACUCUCCUUCUACUAGACUGAAUCCCUCCGAGACUUCUGACCUUGACUCUCGGUCCCACAGAAGUCCUGCAUCUUCUAGCCUUUUGAGCCAAGUCGAGCCAACUCUCAUCUUUGCACAUAAACUACCUGACAAUACGUAUGAGUGGCAAUCGGACGAGGUUAAGGCUGACGAGGCCUCAGACAGCUCAGAUAUCCUGCACCGUAGCAUUCCCAGAGAAUCCCCACUGUCAGUGUUGGAAGCUAAGGAAGUGGAUGCCGGAUCUGGGACUGGGACGUAUGGAGGGGAUCUGGAAUUUGACAUUCCAUUGUCGUCUUUCUUUUGGGAAGAGGAGGGUGAAGAGGUGAACGAAGAAAGCAGAUUUGAUACAGAUUUCAGGGCUGCCAGUAGAGAUGACAGGCAUUUUGUGUGCCCAGUAGCACUCCGGAAAAUUAUGUCUGGACCAGCUCAAGCCCUGAUUGAAGAGGAAAAUGAGGGCUUCGGAACUCCAGAGGUACUAUGCCGUCAGAGCCUGAGCCUGGUGUACAGUACCAUCGAUGAGAAUUACCCAGAGGGCACUUUGCAGCUCCUGUCCGACCUACUACAGCCUGGUUACUAUCCCCCCAAAGAUAUCACCUUCCACCUGCUGCGUGGCAUUCUGCUCGACCCGCAGUGUCCUUAUCACCUCUGUGUGCAGGCGUUUAAUCUCCUGAUCAGGACACAAAGACACCACAUGGCUGAUAAAAGCACAGUUCCAUGGGACUGGGAGUUGCUGACCUCAGUCAUGGCCAAUCAGGACAAUACAAAAGGACAACUUUGUCAGGUCGUGCGCAUGCUCAUGGAGUACGUGGUGCAAACUUUGGAGGAUGACUUCCAGGCCAAACUCUCUACCUCUUCUCUCCACAACUCUAUUGCUAAGAAAAUAUUAUCAUGUGAUCAGCAGUUCCCACGCGUCAGGGAUGUCAUCAAGUGGCUCUUUUCUGCCAUUAUAAAAUCAACAGAGCACGGAGAGAGUAGAGAGAGAGAUGAACAAAUCAGAAUGGUGUCCAUCUUCCAGAGGAUGCUGUCCUUGGCUCUGGAGGUGGACCGCUGUCCAGCUCUGACCUCUGCCAAGCUGUCCCAGGAGCUCUUCCAUAUGCUCAUCAGCGGCUUACCUCUACGAGCGCAGAGGAUGUUGUUGCUGGAGAGCCUGCAGAGCAAGCUGCUGAGAUGUAAACUGGUGGAACAUCUGUUGGACUACACCUGCCCAGUGAAAACCUCUCUGCCCAUGUCGCUCAGUCUUCUGCUUCACUUCAUGAAGAACUGCACUCUUGCACCAGACCACACGGAUGGUACUGAAAUGUGGCAGAGGUGGGAAGAGCUGGUCCAUCUCCUCUGGAUGUUGCUGCUCAGCUACAACAAGGCAAUGAACGGCUAUCUUUGCAGUUCAGUGAGUGAGCAAACGGGCAGAGCUGGCACCUUGGUCUACAAGCAGGACGAUAUGGUAACCAAGUCUGCGGUUGUUGAAGCUGUGGAGUCCUUCCUGUCCAGAUCUCAGGCUGACAUCGGCCAAUCCUUACCUCUCCACGUGGAAGGGUCCCUCUAUUACCUGCAGGAUCACCUGCUAGAUGUCUGUCAGUGUUGAAUAAAAGAAAUCAAUUCUUUGCCUUUGCCAGGCUUGAACGAUCAGAAAUCAUUACAAUAAAUUAAUAUUUAAUAUGUGUUUGUUUUUGAGUAUGAGUUGACUCAUACCAUUUUUUUUGUAAUUUGAAUAAAGGCCGUUCCUUGGUGGUUCUUACAAAAUGAAAAUGUAUAUGCACCAGGCUAUUCUUAAUAAAUUAUAUUUUAUAAGUUUU